AUGAGAUUGAUAUUUGCACUUGUCUCGAUAUUUACUUUUGUAACGCAAAAUUCCUUGGGAUUAUCUCCAGUAAUUUUAAUACCUGGCGAUGGAGGUAGCCAACUUGAAGCAAAGUUGAACAAGACCAAUGUAGUGCACUACAUAUGCGCAAAAACAUCUAAUGAUUUCUUCAAUAUCUGGUUGAAUCUGGAACUAUUGGUGCCAUAUGUAAUUGACUGUUGGGUAGACAAUACGAGGCUGGAGUAUGACAAUGUUACAAGAACCACCAGAUACCCUGAGGGUGUGGAAAUUCGUGUCCCUGGCUGGGGAAAUCCUGAGCCAGUAGAGUGGUUGGACCCAUCCCAUGAGAGUGCCGGCUCAUAUUUUAGUACUAUAGGCAAUGCACUAGUCAAGACUGGAUAUGUAAGAAAUGUUUCGUUAAGGGGGGCUCCAUAUGAUUUUAGGAAAGCACCGAACGAGAAUGGGGAGUUCUUCGUGAAGUUAAAAUCUCUAGUAGAAGAGACCUACACGAUGAACAACAAGAGUGCCGUGACCCUGCUGGUGCACAGCAUGGGUGGCUCUAUGGCGCUGCACUUCCUCCGGCUGCAGGGGCAGAGCUGGAAGGACCAGUACAUCAGGCGGCUCAUUUCUCUGUCUACCCCGUGGGGCGGGGCCGUGAAGGCGCUCAAGGUGUUUGCUAUAGGUGACGACCUGGGCUCCUUGGUGCUGCGCGAGAGCAUAAUGCGCACGGAGCAGAUCACGUGCCCCUCCCUCGCGUGGCUGCUGCCGUCGCCGCUCUUCUGGAAGCCCACCGAGGUGCUGGUGCAGACGCACAAGUUCAACUACACCAUCGAGCACUUCCAGCAGCUGUUCACCGACAUGGACGUGCCGAACGCUUGGGAGAUGCGCAAGGACACCGAGGAGUUCACGCGCGACUUCAGCGCGCCCGGCGUGGAGGUGCACUGCCUCUACGGGUACAACAUAUCCACCGUGGAACGGCUGGUGUACGCCGCCGGCGCGUGGCUGGACGGCUACCCGACGCUGGUGAGCGGCGACGGCGACGGCACCGUCAACCUGCGCUCGCUCACCGGCUGCCUGCAUUGGGCCAAGCAGCGCAGGCGGGCGCGGCUGGGCGGCCGCCCGCUGCCCAACGCUGGGCGGCCGGUCAAGUCGCUGCCGCUCAAGGGCGCCGAGCACCUCAAGAUCCUGCACGACCAGCGCGUCAUCGACUACGUGCUGGACGUGCUCGCGCUU